AUGACUGAAGAGAGUACAGAUAUUGGAGAACGGGUUCAUCAACAAUUGAUUUAUAAGGUAUUUUUGGAUAAAUAAAGAAUUUUAAAGAAAAAAGUGAAAGUUUCAGGACAAUCGAAUUAUCGAUUUAAAUAAUGUGAUACUUGAUAAAGAGCGGCAGAUUUUGGAUUUACAAGAACGAGUGAGGGAACAAGGAGAGGUUGCAAAUGUCAAAACUCAAGCAAUGCGAAUUGUUCAACAAAAGUUUGGAGAACUUCAGAAGGAAAGAAAAGAUAUGUCAACUGAAACAGAUUCAAGUCUUCUAAACACUUCAACUCCAUCAACAUCAUAUUCUAGCUCUCCCUCAAAACCGGAAAGACUUCGAGCACGAAGUUCUUCUCCAGGACACGCGAUUGCUUCAAGAAGAUCGCACGGAACCUUUUCGCCUCCACCAAUUGAUCCACCAACCGCUGAAAAUACAUCGAAAUUUGGCAACGAACUGCCGGAUGUUGAUGGGAUAAAUCAUAGUAAAAAGUAUCGGAAACGAGUGACUUUUGAUUUGCCGCCAAGAAAUGGGUCGACUGACGAAUUGACAUCUGCUUUAACAGAAGCUUCAAGUGAAAAUAGUUUGCUACGGAAAGAAAUUGAGGAAUUGAAUGGAGCGGUUGAGGAGAUGAAGAAACAAUAUGAAGAGGAAAUUGCGAAAUAUUCGAAGGAAGCGAAGACUGCAGGAUUGAAAGCGAGAGUUGUAGCGACCGCCCGAAUUAAAGAGCUAGAAGCAUCUCUUGAAUUAUUGAAUGAGCAAUAUCUGACUGAAAAUGAAAGAUUGAAAGAGGAAGUGAAUACAUUGCGAAAUACCCGUGAUUGGGAAGUUGAGCAAAAUGGGCAGCUUCGCGAUCAGAUUUUGCAUCUUAAAGAAAAAUCGCAUAAAUUAAAUGAGGAAUUGGAUGAGAGUGAGAAAAAUAAGCGAAAAUUGGAUGUGGAAGUGGCGGAAUUGAAUGAAUUGAGAGAUUUGAUGGUGGAUGAUUUGGCGCAAGCUGAAAAUAUUAUAAAAUAUCAUGAGACUCAGAAGGAGGCGAUCUUUGAUGAUGUUGAUAAGUUGAAAGAGGCGAUUACUGCGCAAGACAGAUUUAUUGAGAUUCUUGAGGCUGAUAUUGUGAUUUAUGAGCAACAUAUUGGGUUGUUAAGGGAAUCUUUAGGAGCAUCAAAGGUAAUUUAUUUAUUAAUUUCUUUAUUAUGACAUGACAAGAAUAAGGAAACCCGCUUUGUUUCAUUAUGAAAAAUGAAACCACAUACAAAAAUAUACAAUUUAAAAAAAAUCUCUUUUCAGAUUGAUCAUCGUGCAUUAAUCAAAUCAAAAGCAUUCGAGACAAAACUUCUGGCUUUGGAAAAAGAAAAGGAAAUAAUCGACAAAAAAUCAAAUGGUAAGGGGAGAAGUGCUUGAAGUUGUUGUAUCCGAAGCGAUUGAUGAAGUUGUGUUUGCAAAAUUGCGAUAGGCGCCUGCUGGAAGAGCAGUUUCAGUCGAUUCAUAGAGUCGAUAAUUGUAGCCAAGUUUGCUGUGGAGUAUUGGGGUUGUUGUGCUAACAACCUGAAAAUUAUUGAUUUUCCAAACAAAUUCUAACUAAAAUUAAAUCCCAAAAAGUUAUUGUAUUUAGUUUUAUUCAUGACGUAGUGUUUACAAAGCAAAAAACACCAUUUACACUUUUUGUCUUUCGUGUUUUCAAAAAUAGACUAAAACGACAUUUCCAUACUUUUUGAUCAAGUGAGUUGAAAUAUUUGGUUUUAAUCAUAUUCAUAGGAUAAGCAGGCUCAAGACAAUUUGAAUGAUAUAACUUUUUAUGACUUUAACUUACUAAUAAGUGAUUUAGGUACGUUUAGUUUAUUUUUAAUUGAGUCUAAACUUUCCUAACUUAUGGGUAACUUAAAGUCAUUAAAAGUUAUAUCAUUCAAAUUGUCUUGGGCUUGUUUAUCCUAUGAAUAUGAUUGAAACCAAAUAUUUCAACUCACUUGCUCAAAAAGUAUGGAAAUUGGCUUUCAUUUUAGUCUAUUUUUGAAAACAUGAAGGACAAAAAGUGUAAAUGGUUUUUUUUGGCUUUGUAAACACUACUUCAUAAAAAUACAAUAACUUUUGGAAUCUAUGUCAAAAAACUCACAUCACAUUGACACCUCCUGCAAAAAUAGGUCUUCCUCUUCAAACAGCAAUAAAACCCGCAAGGAAAGCAAAAAAUCGCAUAUAGAAUGGCUCUCCAAUUAAACCGACUCUUGAUUUGUUUUUGUCCGCAAGCCGGACAACUUGCCGAUAUGUUUGACAUGAAAGCGCGCGCGGAAAAAUCGGAAAAUCAGAAAAUCGAUUUUACAAACACGAAAAAUUGAGAGUGCGAGAGAAAAACGACCUUGUUUUGUUUAAUAAAUAUUGGCAGAGAGAGUAGCAGAAAUAAAUCGCGGGGGUAUUUUUUUAUUGAUUAUGAUAAUAACUAGAAGAAAAAAAUGAAUCAGUGGGAGACAGGCAAAAAACAAAUAAAUAAAAAAGAUAAGAAAAUUUUGGCAGUUUUUGAAUCGGACCAUAGGAAUCGGACCAGGUCCGAUUAAUCGGACCCGAUUUUGAGGGUUUUCUGAAUCGGACCAGGGUGACAUUUUUCAAUAGGAAUCGGACCACAAAAAAGGAAUCGGACCAGGUCCGAUUUUUUGAGAAAAAUUCUGAAUCGGACCCGAAAAAUCGGACCAUUUUUUCAAAAUUUCCUGAUUUUUGCACGAAAAAAUUGGCCUUUUUUGAAAAAGUGGUCCGAUUUUUCGGGUCCGAUUCAGAAUUUUUCUCAAAAAAUCGGACCUGGUCCGAUUCCUUUUCUGUGGUCCGAUUCAAAAUUUGCCAAGAAUUUUUUGUUUUUUCCAGAAGAUCGCCUCAAAACGAAAGCACUUGAUAAUAAAUGUCGAGUUUUGGUGGAGCAAAAUGAGAAACUCAUGGAAAAAUUAUGCGAAUUUGAGAUGAAUAAUAGUGAGGAUUUGAAAAGGAGAGUUGAAGAGUUGUCUGAAACUGUGAGACAAUUAUCAGAGGCGUUGGAAGGGGAAAGAGAUAUUAGUCAGAAAUUGAGAGAGGCGAAGGAAAAUGUGGAAGAGGAAUUGAGUUUGAGGAAAUCGGAGAGUUGUUCUUCACAGCUUCAGAAUCAGCAAGAAGAUCUAGAAGACAGUCAGAAAAUGGUUGAAUUGUUGGAGGAAAUGCAAAUGAAGUAUGAUGAGACAUUGGGAGAAUUGGAGGAUUUGAGAGCAGCCAAUUUCGAUUUGCAAAUGAAUGUGGAGGAGGCGAAUAAGAAUAUGGAAGAGGCUGAAAAUCGAAUUGCAGAUUUGGAAGAUGUUUUGGAGAUGAGGGAAGAGGAUUUGAAGCAAAGUAAUUUUAAUUGUGAUCAGUUGUCGAGACAAUUGGAUUCGAUGAGAGUUGAGAUUGAUUCGGCGAGAGCGGGUUUGCAAGAAGCGAGAGCGGUUGAGAAAGAAGUUCAGGGUGAGAAAUUAUAGCAAAUUUUGAAUUCAAAAAUUUAAGAUUUUGAUGUUUUUGAGGCCUGUGACGGAAGGAAAAUCGAAAAAUCGAGAAAUUUUCAAAUUUCAGCACUAAAUUGUCUGUAAAAUUCAUUUCUAAAUUGUAAAAAUGACCAGAAAAUCCAGAAAAUGUUUAAAUGUCUUUAAAUUUGAAGUUUCAGAUAAAUUGGGACGUUUUCAGUUCCAAAAAUCAAAAAAAAAAUGGUGAAAAUGAGGCAAUCUUAAAGAUUUUACUACUAAAAAGCACACCAAAACCAGAAAAAAAUGGAAUUUUUUGUGAAAAAUCAGAAAACUUGGAAAAUUUCCGGCUUUUCUAGAAAAAAUGUUUUUUCUUUAAAAAAAAGUUGGAGUACAAAAAAAAAGAAAAUUGUACGAAUUAGUCAUCAAUGAAUUCAAUAGGGUUUUUUCCUAUUAAAAAUUGAUGUGAUGAUUCACAACAAAUAAUUUUUCCGAUUUUUCCAGAACUCAAACACGAAUUACUCCGCCAACAAGACAAUCGUCGCAAAGAAUACGAAGAAAAUUGUCGAAAAAUCGCCGAAGAAGAAGCCGAUUCGGGAAAUAGUCGAAAGAAUUCGCUGGAAAUCCAAUAUGAGCAAUAUAUUUUGGCGUAUGAGAAGAAAAUUGAGAAACUUGAGAUGGAUUUGAAAGAAGCACAGGAGACGAAUGAGAAGGAUAAGGCGGUGAGGAUUUUUGAAUUUGAAAAUUUUUGAAAAAAAAUUUGAUUUCAGGAAAAGAAGAAGCUGAAACUUGCUAUCAAACAAUUGAGAGAUAAGGAAACUCCAACUGAUAAUAAAGAAGAUUUGGAGAAAUUGCGAAAUGAACUUGCUUUUGUCAAAGGUCAACAGGCUCGGGAAAUUGCAGAAAGGGAUUUGCAAAUUAGACAACUUCAAUUGGAAAAAUCGCAAAAACUAGAAAUACCCGUUCAAAAUUCUGAAGAUUUCAAGGAACUAUCCAAAAAAUUGGAGGAAGUUUCAAUGGAGGCGAAAUUGUCGGGAGAAUUGAAUAUUGAAUUGGGAAGAGCUAUGCAGGAGUUGGAAGAGGAGAAUGAUGCACUGAGGGCUGAAAAAUCUGAAAAUGUUGCUGCUAGAAACGAGAUGGAAUUGAGGUUGCAUGAAAUGUUGGUUGAUGAAAUGUCGGCGCAGAUUGAGGAUUUACAAAUGAAAUUGGAGGAGAAAGAGGGUCUUCAGCUGAAAAUUGAGGAACAGCAACAGGAAAUGGAGAGAUUGUUGCAUAAUUUAGCGGAAUUUGAGAUUGCUAGAAAGGAUGAAGUUGAACGGCAACAUCAGGAAGAACAGGCUUCUGAAGUUCGUCAAGAACAUCAGGAGAAUCUCGCGCUAGAACCUGAUAACCUUGUUGAAGAGAAUUGUUUGCUGAGAGAAUGUAUCAAUGAGACGAGUCGAGUUCACGAUGAUGUUUCGAGAGAUAUGACAAGAUUGAUUGAAUUGAAAGAUGAGUUGGAGAUUGCGGUGCAAGCGUUGAAGGCGGAAAUUUGGUCGAUUAAUGGGCAAUUGAAAGAGGUGAGGGGGGAUGUUUCUGGAACUUAUUUUCCGGUCGGAAAAUUCUAUUAGAUUUUAGAGUUCUGUGAGAUUUACGAUUUGGGGUUUUCAUAAUUUGCACUGGAAUCUUUUGUUGAUUUUUUCCUGAAAAAGAAAAACCCCAAAAAAAAUACGUUUCAAAAAUAUUUUAUCUAAAAUUUAUGGAAAAAGAAAACAAUUUGUCCGAUGAAUUUUAGAAUUUUGAACCAAAUCAUCGUAAAAAUUGAAUUUUUCCCGAAUUUGUUUCUCAUAAAGAAAACCCCAAAAAAUACGUUUCAAAAAUAUUUUAUUUGAAAUUUCUGGAAAAAGAAAACAUUUAGUCUGAUAAUAACUUCAGGAUAGAUUUUAGAAAAAAAAGAAAACAUUGAAAUUUUCCCAAAAUUGUUGAUUUUUUCCUGAAAAAGAAAACCCCCAAAAAAUACGUUUUAAAAAUAUUUUAUCUAAAAUUUAUGGAAAAUAAAAAUGUUUCUUCUGCUUUGAGCGAUGCAAAUUAUAUUUAGAAUUAUAGGAACAAAUUAUAUCAGAAACUUGAAAAGUACGAGUAUUUGGCUGAUCUUUGAUUUUUUCGAAAGUUUGAUCCAAAUUUUUAAAGGUGGAGUCUGACAUAAAAAUUGAUUUAUUUCUAUCAAUUUGAAUUCGAAAAUUAGUCUCCUGGACAAAUUUUCAAAAAAAAAAAAUCGAAAUUGACAGAGAAAAGCCACGGUGUUUCACUGUUUUUUUCGAAAUUUUUAAACUAAUGUUUGAUAAGCUAAGAAACAUGCUCUUUCAAAUGUUAAACUAUAAAAAUAACCUUCAUCUCCAUAUUUUUUCAGUCAAUUCUUGAUCGCGAAACAUUGGAGAAUAAAGUAGCUGAAUUGGACACUGCUGUCGAAAAAGAGAAAAAGCGAGCGAUUUCCCUCGAUGUCGAACUUCAGGAACAAAUUGAUUUGACAGAUCGUGCACUUCGAAGAGCGGCUGAAGCUGAAAAUGAAUCGAAUCGUAGACUUGCUGAAUGUCUUGAAAUGGAAGAACGAAGAGAGGAGAUUGAAAAAGCGUAUGCGAGUUUGAAUGAAUAUUAUACUCAACUUCAAACUGCUUAUAAUGAAUUGUAUGCGCAAAUUGCCACAGGAGGGAAUACGGAGAAUUUGGUGCAAUUGACACAGCCUUCUACAAAUUUGCCGGAUUUGAAUUCGUUGAUUGAUAAUUUGUUUGUGACGCUGAGUUUGAUUCAAAGUGUUGAGACUGAGGGAAAUUAUGAGAAAUUGAGAGCGAUUGUUGAGAAAGUCAAAAGAAUUGUUGUGGAAUUAGAGGAGACGAAAAAUGCGUUGGAAGAGCAGCGAAGAAUUCGGCAAGCUUUGGAAGAUCGACUCGAAAAUGCUGAAAAUGGAGAUGUCAGUGGAGGAGAAAAAAAUGGGAGAAUUGAGGAAUUGGAAGGUGAAAUUGAGUGGAAAGAAGAGGAAUGUGAAGGAUUGAAGAGGAGAAUUGGAGAGUUGGAAAGAGCACUGGAUAAUAUAGCGAAGAAAGCGGGAGAAAAUGAAGGUUAGCUUUUUUUCACCACUUCUCACUUCUAAAUAUUGAACCUUUGUGCUUUAACAUCACAAAUGGACGAAAAUGUGUUAAAAAAUGGCAAAAAUUUGAAAUUUUCUCAUCAAAAUCCUCUGAAGAGCUAGUUUUUAUUGGAUUUCACAAGAUGAAAAAUUUAAAAAAAAAUUUAUUUUUGAACACCAAUUUGUCCUGGUGUGCUUCACACUUGCUUUGCAUCCACCAUCUAAACCACAGGAAGUGCUGGGAUUUUUUAUAUUUUUUUGAAUUCUUUUUUUUUUGAGAGACAAGCUUUGCUUUUUUUUUUGGCUUUGGGGGAGAUUUUUCGGGAUGUUUUUUGGUUAAAAAAUCGAAAAAGUAUCAAAAUUGGCCUCAAAAAACAGGAAUUUUUUUGAAUUUCAAGUUACUCGAAGCCAUUUUUGCUCAAAAUUGUUGAAUUUAGCUCUAAAUGUUCUAAUUUUGCUCAAAAACAGUAAUUUUUAUGAAUUUCAAGUUACUCGAAGUCUUUUUGUUCGAAAUUUUUGAAAUCUAGCUCUAAAUGUUCAAAUUUUGCAAAUUUAGCUCUAUUUUUAAGAGCUUGUGUUAAAAAUUUUCGAAAUUUAGCUCUAAAUUUUCAAAUUUUGUUCAAAAAACAUGAAUUUUCAUGAAUUUCAAGUUACUCGAAGUCUUUUUUGUUCAAAAUUCUUAAAUUUAGUUUUAAAUGUUCAAUUUUUAUUUAAAAUUUUCAAAUUUUUGUUCAAAGCUUUCAAGUUUUGUUCAAAAUUACGAAAUUAAGUUCUAAAUGUCAGAAUUUUGUUCAAAGCCUUGAAGUUUUGUUCAAAAUUCCUAAAUUUAGCUCCAAAUGCUCAAAUUUCUGUUCAAAAUGUCCAGAUUCAGCUCUAAUUUUCCAAAUUUGAGUAAAAAUUCCUGAAUUUUGCUCUAACUGUCCAGAAUUUGCUCCAAUUGUCCGAAAUUUGUUCAAAAUUCCCGAAUUCACCUUUGAAUGUCAAAAUUUUGUUAAAAAUUCCCAGAUUUCGGUAAAACAUCUAGAAAUUCACAUACAAAAGUAAAUUUCAAUGGUUUUUCUCAAAAAUCCCGAUUUUCUUUUCAAAAUUGUGUCGACAGUCGAUUGUCCAGUGCAUGAGUUUAAUUUUGUUACUAUAGUCUAGUCUAGUCUUUCUCCUCUCUUCCACAAUUUUGUGUCGUUUUGUUCUCUCUCUCUUUUUAUGCACGUGUCCUGUGGCAUAGGUGGCGUGCAUUGCAGCUGCAACUGUCAGUCGACUGUCGACGGAACUCGCGAUUUUAGCCGCAAAGCUGACGACUCGUCAAGCCGACGUCGAUUCACUGUUUCGCACCAAUGCCGAAUUAGCUCACACCAAUGUUGGACUACAAAAUGAGGUGGAUGAGUUGGAGGAAUUGAGAAAAGAAUUUGAGAAUGUGAGUUUUUAUUCCCCAAAAAUUAUCCCCAUUUUAUUGCGGUUUUCCGGCUCCGAUUUUGAUGUCGAAGUUGCCAUUCUCACGACUAUCACUAUCUCCACCUCUUCCCCCGUGAUUUUUUCCGCCACGUCGACAAUGUUCAUGCUUCUUUUUUCCUCCUGAAGUUCUUGAGAGACUGAUCGAUGAAACGGCAGCGACCAAGAGCAAAAUGAAGGUGAAAUAGGUGAAGAAGUUCAUUUUUUGAUACAAGAAAACUUGUUGCUUGAAAUUGUGAAAAUUCGUGCCUUUUUAUACAACAAAACACAAGUUUUUGAUUGUCCCAUUAAAUUUAAUAUUUUUCUAAAGCUUUACGAAAAUUUUUAAUUACCAAUUUAAUGGCAGAAGUUCAAACAACAAUCACAGAAAGUUAGGGGAACUCUAAAAAAUAUUAUAAGUAGAUAUUUUUGUGAAAGUACUGGGAAAUUUUGUUUUUUUUAAUGAAAUUUCAAUUUUUUGUUUUUUUUUGAAAUAGUAAUGGUUGAAUUUAACAACAAAAAAACAAAAUUCUAACAAAGCUCCCCAGUAUUUUCAGAAAUUGUGAUCUUUUUCCAAAUUCCCCCCGAUUUUCUAUUUAAAAAAAACCCUCUACAAGUCCUAUUUUGUGAUUGUUGUUUGAACUUUUGCUAUUAAAUUGGUAAUUAAAAAUAUUCCCGAAAGCUAAAAAAAUAUUAAUUUUUAUUACACCAUCAAAAAAUUGCGGAAUCAUUAAUUUUGGGCGUAUAAAAAGGCACAAUUUUGUACAAUCUCAAGCAGCAAGUUUUCUUGUACUAAAACAUGAACUUCUUCACCUAUUUCACCUUCAUUUUGCUCUUGAUCGCUGCCGUUUCAUCGAUAAGUCUCUCAAGAAAUUCGGGAGGAAAGAAGAAGAAUGAACAUUGUCGACGUGGUGGAAAAAAUCAUGGAGGAAGAAGAGGUGGAGAUAGUGAUAGUCGCGAGAAUGGCAAUUUCGACAUCAAAAUCGGUGCCGGAAAACCGCAAUAAAUUGGGAUUAUUUUUGGGGAAUAAAUAAAUUCAUUUCAAAUAUUUGUCUGUUUUGUUCCAGGAAAAAUCACAACUUUUGGCUCAAAUUAAACAACUUGAGCAACAAGUUGAAGAACUUGAAGUGAAAUUGGAAAACUCUCAAGAAACUGUGGAUAAUUCGAAUGUGCAGAAUGUUGAAAAAUUGAGAGAGGAAUUGGAAAAAUGCAAAAAUGAACUGGAAGAAGCUGAAAGAUUGAAAAAUGUUGAGAAGAUUCUGAAUAAUCGAAUUUUGGCACUGGAAGAUCAGAAUUUAGAAUUGGAGGAGAAAUUGCAAGAGAUUGAGGAGGAAAUGACGGAAAAUCGAAAGGUUUUUUAUUUUUUUUUAAGGAAUUUUCUGAAAUUAGUUUUUUCAGGAAGCAUCUGAAAUUCAACGAUUGAAAAUUGUUGAAUUGGAACUUUUGGCAAAGAUUGCAGAACUUGAAACAUCUACUCCACUCAAAUCUAGUGAAGUUCAAGAAGAUAAUUGGGGAUGGGAUGAAGAUCCGAAAUCCAGCGAUUCCCAAGCUGAACUUCGAGCGUUUGAAGAGGAAAUUGAAUUGUUGAAAUCGGAAAAAUUGGAACUUGUUGAGAGAAUUCGAAUUUUGGAGGAGAAGAUUGGGGAUCGCGAAAUUGAACGGUUGAAAAAUGUGGAAUUGGAAUUGCUGGAGAAGAUUUCGGUUUUGGAAGAGGUAACACUUUUUUUUUAAUUUUCAAAUCCAAAAAUCUCGUGGCUUCUGACAUAAAAAUCGAUUUAUUUGAAUUUAAUUUAUUUUUUAAUUUUACACGGUGUUUCACAGUUUUUUUUUCGAAUUUUGAAAUUUUUAUGGGCAGAAAAACGUCGAAAAACAAAAUAUACAGUUUAUUAUUUUUGAGUAGAGACAAUGUGAAAUUGAGAGAGUGCAGACAGUUUUUUGUAUUUUUUGUGCGAAAAAUCAAUUUGUCUGUCUGCACUCUCUCAAUUUCACAUUGUCUCUACUCAAAAAUUAUAAACUGUAUACUUUGUUUUUCGACGUUUUUCUGCAUUGAAAAAAUAGGUUUUUAAACUAAUUUUUGAGAAGCUUCCAGAAAAAUCCUAAUCAGAAAUGCUCUUUGAAAUAAGCAUAACUUAUUUUUCCUUCAAAAUUUCAGGCUGCCACAAGUUCAAAUGCUCAAACUGAUGAAAAUUGGGGAUGGGAUGAUGAUGAAACUCCAAAAAUCAACAAAGUUGAGGAAACUCCAGCUGAAGAAAACCUCGAACUUCUACAAGAAAUUGAGCGAUUGAAAAAAGUCGAAUCGACGCUUCUCGAAAAAAUUGAUUCACUCCAAAAAGAGAUUGAAAAUUGGGAAUGGGAAGAGGAGGAGAAAAAUGGGGAAGUUGAACGGCUCAAACAAGUUGAGAAGGAAUUAUUGGAAAAGAUUGAGGAGUUGGAGAAGAGUCGAAGUUUGGCGAUUGAGAAUGCGGAAGAAUUGGCGGAGAGAAUGAAGGAGAUUGAGGUUGGUGGAUUUGUUUUGCGGAGGGAAAUUGCAUUUUUGAAGUUUUGAUCAACUGAAUUUUUAGUGGGAAAAAUCUAAUUUUGGAGGUUUUUCCACGUGGAUUUUUGGAGGGAAAAUUGGGUUUCUGAAAUGAUGUCACUUAGAUUUUUAGCUCGGAAGCUCUGAUUUUCAAAAAUUCUCCACGUGGAUUUUUAGCGCGUAACAUUUAAAUCGAAAUUUAGCCGCAUGGAUUUUCACAGCAAAAAUUUGAUUUCCCAUUUUUUUUUUCCCUAUUGAUUUUUACGCGAAAAUUUGAAUUUACAAACUGAUUUUCCCGUGGAUUUUUAGCUCGGAAGCUCUGAUUUUCAAAAAUAUUUUCCACGUGGUUUCAUUUUGCGCGAAAAAUUCAAAUUGAAAUUUAGCCGACUGAAUUUUCAGUGCAAAAAUUUGAAUUGUUGAAAAAAUUGUUCCCACAUGGAUUUUCAGCGCAAAAAUUUGAUUUCCUAAUUUUUCCCAGUUGGAUUUUUGUAUUUGAGAAUUUCAAUUUUUUAAAAAUAGUUUCCACAUGGUUUUUUUUUGCGCGAAAAUUUGAAUUUUUAAAAAACAUUUUCCACGUGGAUUUUCAGGGCAAAAAUUUGAAUUUUUAAAAAAUAAUUUCCACGUGGAUUUUUGUAGCGAAAAUUUGAGUUUUUCAAAAAUAUUUUCCACAUGGUUUUUUGCGCGAAAAUUUGAAUUAUUUAAAAAUUGUUUACACGUGGAUUUUUGGAGCGAAAUUAUGAAUUUCAGAUUUUAAAUUUCCCCACGUGGAUUUGUAUCACUUAAAUUUUUUAUUUUUGCUUAAAAAAUUGCUUCGAAAAAAUUUAAAGCUAAAAUUUUUAACUCUGAAAACUGGACCUGAAAUUUGGGUUUCAAAUUUAAAAAAAAAACAUUUCUAUUUACAAAAUUCAAUUUUUUUUCAGAAACCAGCUACAUCAACAGAUGAAAAUUGGGGAUGGGACGAAGAAAAAUCACAAGAAACCCAAAAUCAAGAUGAAGAAAUUGAACGGCUGAAAUUGGUUGAAGAAGAAUUGCUGGCGAAAAUUGAGGAAUUGGAGAAAAGUCGGAAAAAUGCGGUGGAAAAGGUGGAAGAAUUGGCGGAAAGAAUCGUGGAACUUCAGGUUUGUUUUGAUUUUUUUCUGAAUUUUUGAAUUUUCGAAUUCCAGAAACCCGCUCCUUCUAGCGAUGAAAAUUGGGGAUGGGAAGAUGAAGCUCAGGAAACAGAAUCUGGUGAAAAUCUAGAAGUUGAGAGGCUCAAACAAGUUGAAAAGGAUUUGUUGGAAAAGAUUGGGGAACUUGAAAGAAGUCGGAUGGAAAAAUUGGAACUCGAGGUUAGUCUAGUUAUCCUAAAUUCAUUUAUAAAAAUCUAAUAUUUCAGCAAAAACCAGCUGAAAAUUGGGGAUGGGAAGGUGAAGCUGAAGAACCCGAAUCUUGUCAAAACGAGGAAGUUGAACGCUUGAAAUUGGUCGAAACCGAUCUUCUUGCUAGAAUUUCUGAAGUUACAGAGAAAUACACGAAUUCUGAGUCGAGAAUUCGACAAUUGGAACAGGUCCAACAAGAAAUGAAAGAUCUUCUGAGAUCUGCUGAAGAAGCGCUGGUUGAAGAGCAAGAUCGGGUAAGUUCUAUUCUUUUUUCUAGAAAGUUUUGGAUUUUUUUGUCUUCAGAAUGAUGAAUUGUUGAAUAGCACUUCGGAAAUGGAACAACUUCAAGAGAAUGAGAAAUUACUGAAAUUCAAGAUUUCUGAAUUGGAAGAAGCUUUGGAUCAAGAAGUUCAGCAGAAACAGCGGAUUCAGUUGGAAUUGGACAAACUUCGAGAGGAAAUUGAGAAUUCCGAGAAAACAGAAGGUUGGGAUGAUGAUGGAUGGGGAAAUGAGGAAGAACCAAAAACAAAUAGUGAAUUGGAAUUGGCUGAAGUUCAAAAGCAAUUGGAGAUUGAGAUCAAAAAACGAGAGGAUAUUAUCACAAGAUUAGGUGAAGAAUUAUCGGCGGUUCAGGAUGAAUUGUUGAAAAUUGAUGGAGGAUCGACGAAUGAAAUGGAAGAAUUGAGAAAUGAGAUUGAAAGUAAGAAUAGUGAAUUGGAAAAUGUGAGAAAAGAGUUGAAGAUGGUUAGUGAGCAGAAUGAAUUGUUGAAAGAUUCGGAAGGAAGAUUGAUUGAUCAUGCUGAUGAAUUUGCGGAGCAAAUGGAGAGGUUCGGGUUUUUGUGGGAUGAAAUUUCAGAUUUUUCUAAAUAAUCUCGGAAAUCUUGAAGAUCGAUUUGAGAGAUUUUGGAUUUUAAGCGCCAAUUUCAAAAAAUUAAAAUUUCUCAUCAAAUUUGGCUUUCGUUAGGAAAACACUCAAAAAGCUUGGAUUUUAAAAAUUUUGAUUCUGGCCACAAAUUUCAAAAAAUUUAGAUUUCUCUCCAAAUUUGGCUUCGAAAAACAUAAGCUUAGGUUUGGUAAUUGUUUUUUUGAAACGUGGAUUUUUUGACGAAAAAUUCAUAAACUUUAGAUUUUUCAAGAAGUUUGGCUUUAAAAAUGUCGAUUUUCGCGCUACAAUUUUUUGAAACGUGGAUUUUUAGUGCCAAAAUUGAUAAUUUCAAAUCCCUAUAGUGUGUCGAAAUUUUAUGAAAAAAUGAAUUUUUUUGAAUUUUGGCGCCGAAAAAUCCACGUGGCAAAUAAAAGUUUUUUUCCUGUUUUUUUAAGACAAAUAUUUUUUAUUUUAAUUUCCUUAUUUUCUAAAAAAAAAAUCUCGGUAUUUUCCAGAUACAAAUCGAAAUGUGCCCAACUCACUGAUAAGAUCCGAGAACUUGAAUCACAAGUGACGCAACACGAAGAAAAUCAGAAGGCGACGAAAAAGUCGAGUGACGAACUCGUCACGCUAAGGUACUGUGCUUUUCUACCGUACUUUUCUUCCACCGUACUCUUUUUUCUACCGUACUUUUCUUCCAGACAACAACUUCAAAUUCUUGAAAACGAACUUCGUCAAAAGAACAACAUAAUUUCGGAUCGCGAAGGUUUGAUCAAUGAACUUCAGCAAAAAUUGAAUCUGCAAAAUUCGAUGAUUGAAAGUUUGAAUGAGAAGUUGAAGAAUUAUGCGAGAAGAUCGGCGGCUGCGGCGAAAUCGAAACAUCCAACAACGACUUCUUCUUCGUCAAGACCAUCGAGUAGAAUGUCAACAUCUUCCAAAGUAUCAAUAUCGCAUGAUCUGGUGAUUCCUGAAGUUCAACAAUCUUCAUCGUCGGCUUUCGAUGUUGUUGUACCACAAACAUCUAUGGAACCAUUGAGAAGAAGAACUAAUAAGUAA